AUGGCUAGUGACGGAGUAUCCAAAUCCAUAUAUAUACAGGCGCUGAAUAAAGGUGAUAAUCGCACAGAACAUCAAGAUAGUCGGUUCAUCAACAGGCCAUUCAUCGCCAUGUCUAUCGCCACUAUUCUAACGACGCUGGCAUUGCUGCAUCUAACUAGUGCAAUAUUCUACACAAACAGCAAGGAGAGUGAUUUACCCCGAAUAGGAAAGCGCCACCAUUUAAAUCCUUAUAUUCUGGGGCGGUUUCGCAGACCAUCAGGCACCGAAAAACAACAAGCUUACGAUCUAUCUGAGGAUACGGAAAGACGAAUCAGCCCAAAACAAAACUCGGAGGAUGAUAUUGUAAUGUUUUUGUCCAGAAAUUACAAUCCGAAGGGGAACCGAGUCAUGUAAGGAUUCUGAUACAUGUACAGUCGUGAAGGUCAUUGUUGCUAUCAAAGACACAAGCGCCGGUGAUGUUAAAAUGUUAACGAUAAACCUGUUAUGAAACUGGCAUGUAAGAAAUAAAAGGUUAU